ACUUUUUUUUAAAAGUCCACAUUAUCGUUAUCAGACAAAACGACUAUAAAUCUGAGCUUGCUUGAAGGUGAGCCACACAUUCACAUUCAACUCUAGCCAAGAUAAUGAAGCUCGUGGUCCUGCUGAGUCUCGUCUCACUGGCAUGCAGCCAGGGGGGUGACGAAGGAUUCCGUUCAUUAGACACCAACAAGGACGGCACCCUUUCCCUCAGCGAGCUGUAUGCCUACUACGACAACUUUGAUGCCAACCGAGAUGGAGCUCUGACUCUGCAGGAGCUUAUCCAAAAGGCGGGAGGGGCGGAUUCCCCCGGUCUGGAAGCUCAGUUUAACUUCUACGACAAGAUGGACGGCACCACGGACCAGCGCGUCACACGAACAGCUGCAGUGCUGGCUUUCCAGAAAGCACUAGACGCCAACGGUGACGGCUCAAUCACUGUUGCCGAAUAUGAAGCCGGCAUGGCAAAGGUACAAUCAGCUAUUCAAGGAGGAGUUGUCGGUUAACAAAAUCAUGUAUCUGGAGUUGUUUGUAACAUUAAAUGAUCUAAACUAUCAGUA